UGUCGGUCUCGUGGUGAAUCGUUUGACCUUAGUGAUUGAUUAACACUGUGCAACGAUGCCACUCAUCUCUGUCAGUGAUAGAACGUCAGAACCAGAUGUGUCACCGAGUAAUGCCGGAAACUUGUGGUUUUCAAUCCUGAAAAACGUUAUUUGAGAUCCAAAUCCCUUCAAAUCUGAAGGAGAAAAGUGGAAUCAUGGGGUCGAUAGCACUGGAGGAGUAUGAGUUGAUGAAGGACUCGAAAUAUCGAGUUUACGUGUCAUCAGUGGACAAGGCCCUCAAGAACUUCGAGUACACGAGCGAGUGGGCGGACCUAAUAUCGGCCCUCGGGAAGCUGAACAAAGUCCUCUUAAGUAACUUGAAAUUCCCAGUGAUUCCCCGCCGGAUAAAGAUCUCAAAACGCCUAGCGCAAUGCAUGCACCCAGCCCUCCCUUCAGGGGUCCACCUGAAGGCCCUGGAGACGUACGACGUCAUCUUCAAGUGCAUGGGGACCAAUCGUCUCUCCCACGAGCUCUUCAUCUACAGCGCAGGGCUCUUCCCUCUGCUAGGGCAUGCCGCGAUGAACGUUCGUCCCACUCUACUCACUGUUUACGAGACACAUUUUGUUCCUUUGGGGGAACGUCUUCGUCCAGGUCUCUCUGGCUUCCUCUCAGGAGUCCUCCCAGGUCUCGAGGAAGGUUCAGACCACUUCGACCGCACCAACUCCCUCCUGGAGAAGGUCUGCGAGGGGGUGGGUCCCCCGCACUUCUACGCCUGCCUCUGGGACUGCCUGGCGUCCAACUCAGGCAUCCGUCUCCCCGCCAUCUCCUUCGUCCUCUCGCACUUCAACAAGAAGCUCCCGAUGGACGACCAGCUCUUCAUAAUGGGCACCAACCCCGACAUAAUGGUCUCAGCCCUGUGUGCAGGCGUCCAAGACAGUUCAGUCCUCGUUCAACGAAGUGCCCUGGACCUCCUCCUGAUAGGUUUUCCCGUCCACAACAGCCAGCUUAACCACCAGGACAUGGUGAUCCUGCUGACCUCAGCCCUCACGACAAUCCUCCGAAGAGACAUGAGCCUGAACCGAAGACUAUUCGCUUGGCUACUGGGAACCGAAGUCAGCAAUUCAAUUCUCAAGAAGAAACUGGAACCCGAGGAGGUGGCAUCAGCAGCCUCGUACUUCGACACCUUCUCCAAGAAGAUGCUGAUCGAGGCCAUCAAAAACACCCUGAAACAGGUCUGCGAGGACCACCCCCUGGACUUGAAGCCCUACAGAAUCCUGGUCUCCCUCCUAGACAAGCCUGACAUUGGCCCUGUGAUCCUAGACGACAUUCUCUACGAGGUCUUCAGGACCUUCUACAACGCGUGCUCUCAAUCCCUGGAGAAACCCCUCAAGUCCCACGAAGUCGUCAAGUCUGCAAACCUCUUGUUCUCGACGCUGGAGCCCUCCUACGUCUGGGUGCACUGUGGCUACCUCUUCGAUCAGGCUUGCGACACGAAGGAAAAAGGAUCAAAACCCCCUGAAGGCGACGGGGUGAAGCCAGUAUCCUCGGGGAUGCCUGGACUCCUGGAGGUCUGCCACCUGACAGAAUUCUUGCUGGAGACAGUCUCGGUGGAUGCCUUCAUAGACACCCCUUCCGAGCACCUCCCCGAGAUGUUUCACGGGAUAAUAAAUAAAUUGUCGUCAAGAUUACACGUAUUCACACCACAGGAGAUAGGGAGAAGUCUCUCCUUGUGCAGGAAAAUUCUGUCUAAAGUGCAGCCAAUAAUCACAGUUCCACAAUCAGAAAAACAAGAGGAGAUAAAACAGGAGUGUCAGCCCUCCCAGGACGCUCUCACCGCGAUUCCCCUGGAGAAGAGUCAAUCAGACUCUAAACUAAACAAACAGAAAACCCCGUCAUUCCCUGAACGCACUCCCAGUCCUCGGAGGCGAGCGAACUCCGGAGGUGCUCCCAAACGCGAGAAGAAAUCUCGUAAAAAGUCUAGCAAAAGUGUCUCGAAGCUCAGUGAAAUGGGACCAGAGGACGUGACAAACAUAUCUGUGAUCAUAACUGAUGAAUCCAAGCUGAAAGCCCUGGACGAUUCGUCGAUUACUUACGAUGAGCUCAAGCCAAACGACGUGGACACCUCCAUCACGAGAUCUCCAUCCCCAGGUCUCCACGCCCAGCACACGAUGCUGGAGAAAUGUCUCAAGACCUUCGAACAAUUCUACGUGAAACUCAUCAGCGAGAGGAUCCUCGGUUCUGAGCGAAGGGUCUCUGACAUGUUCGAGGAGUUGAUAGUCUCCACCCCCAAGGAUUACGACGAACGUUCACGCCACUUGGAGAUGAUUCUGUCGUCGAGGCUGGCUCGUGAAGAUGACGGGAUCACCUACAAGGAUUUGUCGCCAGUGGACCUGGAGGAAGAGCCAAAAUACAACUAUCAUCUGACGUCGGUGGACCAGGACAGCUGGGAGGACAUCCUGAGGAUCUCCUCUUCGUUGUUAGUGGAGUUAUCAACUUUCCCAACGUACUACGAACCUGGGGACGUCCUCCAGGAGGAGGAGCCCAUCAAGCAGAGCCUCCCAGGGUGGCUGCAGGUGCUCACUGUCUGUGCCUGCUGGCUUGGAAGACAGCCUUCCCUCCAGCUGAUCAGCAUAUCAACCCUGCUUGACCUGAUAGCCUUGUCAGCAGCCCAGAGUGACCUGUCCUCUCCCUCGACCUCAGGAGAAGGUGUCACCCCAGUUAUAAUGGUCCCUCUCCUCAAGAAAUGGCACAUUUCUUAUUUGACUGAGUACACAAAUGUCUUCCAUGCACUGGCCCACUCCCUCUGGCAUCACCUGGGCGAGCUGCCAGCUCACAAAUACCGUCUGAGGUGUGUGGAGCUCCUCCACGAGCUCCACAACUCCAUCCACCAGACGUGUGACGCCGUUGAGGAUGUCAUUGGCUCUGCUUUGACAUUCAAUAAUCAAGAGAGGAAGAUAGAGGCCUUCAAAAGGUUCUCCACCCUGUGGCACCUGGGGCGAGAGAUCGAGAUCACUUCGAGGCUGAGGAGAUCCUCGAAGAGCUUCGACAAAAGCCUCUUGAAGAUGCUGGAUAAUCUUCAAUUGUCUGACAAUUCUCCCCUCAAACUUCAUGCCCAAUCCUGGCUGCUGCACUCCCUCGUCAGGGGGGACAUCGCCAGGGUCGUUGAUCCAGUUCUCAUGAUGCUGCUGGACCCCUCCACCUCCAGAAUGAGUGUUCUUCACGUCAGCAUUCAGCACAGCAACACCGUCUUCACGAAGAACGACGUCGAGGAGAAAUCAGAGGUGCAGGACGACUCCGAAGGGGCUGCGAAGAUCUACGCCAUCAGCUCUGUCGACGGUAACGUCAUCUAUCACGUCUCAGACUCCAAUGAGGACGACAAAAAGACGAAGAGAAGAAAGAAGAAGAAGGCUAUAAACCCGGUGAAAGUCAAGAGGAUCUUUGCGGUGACGACACUAGCCAACACCGACAAGGGAAACCAGUACGUAACAGAGAGAAAUCAAUUCAUGAAGGAGUUGGAAGUGCCUCCAAGCAUAUCCGAGAACAAGAACAUCUCGGUUUUCGUGAAUCCCCUGUCCGUCAACUGCACCACAAAUUCCCUCGAUUCCCUGAACGACGAGGAGACGAGAAAGUCGGCAAUUCCCGUGGAGCUUUUCAAGAACGCCACGAGAUUCAAGAAGCCCCUGGAGAACAGGUCCUCGGGUAGCUUCGACGACAGCCUCUUCGAGACCGCGGGCUCCACCUCCAAGGGAAGAGACAAGACCAAUCUGAAGAAGGUCUCCAAAGAGCUGGGCUCAUCCCUAGACUCGAUAUCCAACAGUUUAGAGUCGAACAGCGUCGACAGUGGUAAGCAGAAAUCCAAGAGAGAACCCCUGGCCAUCCUCUCAGGAAGUGCGAGAGAGGUGGCAGGAACCCUGCUCAAGGGCAAGUACUUGAGUACGAAUGAGUUCUCCACGAACUACGAUCUCCACGACUCGCUGUCGACCUACGAGAACAACAUAGGUGUCCCCAGUUGGACGAUGGGCGACGAGGACGGUGAGCUUGACGUCAGCACCACCGCUGAGGAGUACUUUUCCAACUCCAGUGGCAUAAGCGUCGUCGAGGAGGUCCUCAACGAGGUAGUCGACAAGGUCCUUGAGAUGUGUGAGUACAUGGAGCCGACAAAAGCGUCCGACGAGUCCGUUCAAUUGGACAAUGGGCACCGACGCGCCUCUGGUGUUGGCGUCCACAACCUCCACUCGCACAUGCUUCUUUACUGCGGCGUCUACGACUCAACGAGAACACUGUACGCUUUGAGAACAUUGCGCAGUGAAUUGGUGACCAACACCCGGAUGUUCCUCUUCGCAUCAGCAACGACAGGCAUCUCCAAUGCAUCGAAAGCGACGCCUCUGCUGAAUCUCCUGGCGAGACACAGAAAGAGUGUCUUGGGAAGGGGAUUUUAUGGGGACGUGGCAAGCACAAAGUUCCUGGCGACGUACCGAAGCUCGAUGUACCUGGAGGUACUGAUAAUCGUUUGUCUUUAUCUGAUAAGAAGCUACUACCCUAAUCUCGGACAGAUGCGACUGACACAGGAGGAAAUAGCGGGUAAUCGUCAGGUGCAGCUGGCAAGUGCUGAACUCCUGACCCUGAUAUUCUCCGAGUUGAUAUCAAUAGUCCGAGAAUCGGGUAAGGGCUUCAGCUGCUACAUAAUCGACCUCCUGACAAAGUGCAAGGUCCAGAAGAUUGCCCUCCACUGCCUAGUCUCCUCCGUCCUCAACAUGAAGAACACGCAAAAGGAGAGCGACGAACUCUUCACCUUCACCGAGGAGAUUGUCAUGUUCAACGAUCCCGUCUCAGAGACAGACGUCAACAAGUGCAAAUUCCGUAGUUCUGAUCACACCGAAGCCUUUCAGAUUCAACUCUUGAGAUUAGUAUUGAGUCUGACGAUGCUCGAGUACCAGUGCACUGCGCAGAAGGGUGACGACGUGCCCCAGACGCCGCAGGCCCCCUGUACCCCGACGAAAUCAGCCCCAAAUUUAUCGGGAAGUUCCCUGGAGUACAUUCCAGGGGCUCCAAUUCCCCAGCAACCCAUGUUCCUGGCUAGCAUCCUGAGUGCCUUGCAGCUGGAUCACAUGAGACAUCUCCACCAGCACUGGACCAAUUCAGUUACCUCGAGUCUUCCCUACAUGGGGGCCUCACUCACCCAAGUUGUGACUUCAGUAAUUCAUCAGUUGUGCUGUAAUAUCGAGCAUCUCGCCUCGUAUUACGUGCCCCAGGAGGGGGUUCCAGGGGGUAAAUUGAUUGAUCUGAGCUCAGUUGAGUGCUGUCUCCCUGCGGACUACACAGUGACGCACCUAGAGGCUUUAACCUUUCUCCUGCAGUACUGCCUUCUAGACAGUUCCCAGCAAAUCAGCUUCUCCUUCAACCCACCUUUCAGUGGAGCCCUCCAGGCUGGUGUGCCCGGUGCCAACCCCAGUCAGAUAUUCAACAACCUCAUUCACGUAUUCACACCGACACCCCUCGGCAACGAGUCCAAUCCCAAGGACAAACCCAGUGAGCAGCAUCUGCACGCAAGAAGAACAGCUCUGAGUCAUCUUCCCAGGAUAAUCGCCUCGUUGGCUGCCCUCUGGCAGGCGGUACUAGCAACUAAAGAUAACGAGCAAGCCAGCUGUGUGGUGGGCAGUCCCAGGGUCGUCAAGCACCAGUUGCUGGAGCUCCUCUCCCCCAUUUCCUUCCACCACGGUGUCAAUUUUCUCGCAGCUAUCGCAGUGGCUUGGCACGAGAGGAGGGGACCCAGCUCCAAUGGCAAGAGAGUUCUCCCUGAAGCCUGUCCCAAUCAGCAAGUCAUGGUGGACCUCGUGAGUGCCAUAAGAGUCAUGCCAAUUGACACCCUAGUCCAGACAGUCAAUCAAGUCAUAAAGACACCACCUCCCAUCCACGGUGUCAAGCAGGACUUCUCCCUCGAGGUUUCUGUCCUCGAACUGCUGUACGUUUACAUGCAGAGCAACUCCAAUCAGUCGUUGUCCGAGUCCUGGGGGUCUCUCCUGGGGCUUCUCAAGGACGGUUUAUCCCUCACUGCACCUGCCCAGUUUCUUCUUCUAGCCAUUUUGAAUGAGUACAUUCAGAAGUGCCCACCGAUGCACGAGAAGAAGGACAUCAGGGAGCUGCAGGACAUAUCAGCUAAACUUGUUGAGUCUUGCUCGCAGAUUGCUGGGGCCUGUCUCGAGCAGACAACCUGGUUACGACGAAAUCUGGCUGUUCGAGAGGAUGUGCAUGAUGAGGGGAGCUCUGAGGGCAGUACUGUGCCUGGGACACCACCGAAUUCUGCGUUCAGUGUUCAGGCACAAGGGGUUCUAGCCGAAAUUCUAGCUCCUCUCCUGGACGUCAGCUAUGGGUCCCAGGAGAAGGAGAGGGUGGUGACACUACUGACGAAUUUAAUGUACAAUGUCACUCCUUAUCUGAAGAAUCACACCAUCAAGAACAUAUCGUCCUUCAUCGCGUGCUCUCAACUGCUGAGCUCUCUGUCGGGGUAUCAGUACACGAGAAAAGCCUGGAGAAAAGAUGUUCUUGAUCUUCUCCUGGAUCCCGCAUUCUUCCAGAUGACAGCCGCCUGUCUGCCCUAUUGGAGGACUAUCAUUGAUAAUCUCAUGACCCAUGACAACACCACCUUCAGGGACUUGAUGAAUCGAGUGUCGAUCGCUCAGGGCGGGGGCAUCAGUAUUUUUUCGUCCAAGGAGCAGGAGUACGAGCAAAGGGCGCAGCUCCUCAAGAGGCUGGCUUUUGUGAUACUGUGCAGUGAGACUGAUCAGUAUCACAAGUACAUGCCAGACAUUCAGGAGAGGCUUGCCGAUAGCCUCAGGCUGCCCCAGGUCGUUCCCUCGAUUCAGGCGCAGGUUUUCUUGUGCUUCAGGGUGCUACUGCUGAGAAUGUCACCGUCGCACGCGACUUCACUGUGGCCAGUCAUUGUGAGCGAACUCGUGCAGGUUUUCCUGCAUAUCGAGGAGCAGUUGAACACAGACAGCGAGGAGUUCAGUCGUCAGAGCAGUUCUCAUAUUAAACUGCUGUCUGCGUUGGACUCCUCGUGGGCUGUCAAUGCCAACAAUGGUCUUCAGGCCCAUGGACACCCACACUGGCUCCAAUUGCAGCUGGCAGCUGCCAAAUUACUCGAUCUGGCACUGCUACUGCCAGCCCACAAGCUCCCACAAUUCCAAAUGUAUCGGUGGGCAUUUGUGGGCGAUGCAGCUGUUGGAAGACUCGAGAACAAUAAUCUAUCGUCAGACUUUGUACCACAUAUUACGAGAAUAGCAAAAUUGAUGGAUUUGAAGUUUAACGAAAGUCCACCAGUAAAAGUGACCCCAGGCGAACUGAUCCUCACAUCGAAUCGCAUACGUUCCCUCCAAGAUCUACACAAUUUUUUCUCAACCCUAAGCUGCCGAUCAAACGACUCGGAUGCACCGCUUAACAUAACGCAACUGGAGACUGUAAUCGAGCAGGACUUUCUCGAGCAGAUGCCAACAGUUCCACCCAGAUAAUAGGAUAAAAAUAAUCCCACUGACCGUACAUUUGUAUAAUAUAUCUGAUCAAAAACACGACAGCAUGCUGGUAAUGUUCAGUCGUUGAUCAAUCAACAAUAAUCGAUAAUAAUUUUAUCAUGGAUAAAUUGUGAUGAAUAGAAUUCAUUUUGUUGUAAUCAACCAAUGAUGGUGCCAUCGUAUCUUUUGCUACUCCACACGGUUAUCUGACACUCGUAUUUAUUCUAAUGAUCUUUGUAACUAUGCAAAUCGUUAAUUAUAAGGUAACGUUCAAGGAAAAACGGUGAAAAAGUGUUUAGUGCAAUUACGUAAAGCUUCUCACUCGUCUCCUCAUUCGGUUGUGAAUAGAUAUUUGAUGAUGGACGAUCCGUUGACGUUUUAACGUCAAUGGAUUAUAAUGGGGAAUUUUUGUACGUGGGAAAAAAAAUUGCAUUGAUAUUCAAGAGAACUGUCGACAUUUCUUCAAUUUAAGUUGAAGAAAGUCCUAGGGAAAUGGAAAAAUUAUUGAUUAUCUCGGUGAUGAGAGGGGUUAUGAAAAAAUAGCAUAAGACAUUUUUGUAGGAAAUUUCAUGAGCUACAAAAAAGUUCCUAUGACAUUUUCUCGUAAAAUCACUCAUUACUGCGAUAAUUGCGAAAUGGACGGAAUGAAAUGAACUGAUUAAUUUCACUUUUCGUUUUGACAAUUAUGAAAUUAUCGUGGUAAGGAGUGGGUUCAGGAAAAAAUGUCAUAAAACAUUUUUGUGGGGAAUUUCAUGAGCUACAAAAAGUUUUUAUGAUAUUUUU